CCAUUUGUCUAGAUAAAAUUACUCUUAAUAGUCUCAAAUGAGACACGGUACGCGGUCUCUCCAAAUCUCCAAUCUCCUUCAAGUGAUGUGCUAAUAUCUCAAUUAACUAUAGUCAUGAGUCUUUUUUAUUUUAAUUUGUAUAACCUUCUUCUAGUCAAAGUCAUAUAUAUACCUUAUUUAAACAACACAACUUCUUACAUCCAUUAUUAAUAAGUUAGAUUCACCUCAUUACAUACUCACAUCAAAUUCCCUCUUCUCCUAUGAUACCUCCCAAACUCUUGGCUCUUUGAAAAGCCAACUUUCAACCCUCAAAAAAAAAAAAAAAAAAAAAAGAAAAAAAAAUCCUUACAAAGUCAUGGUAGACAACACAACCAUAGUCCCAAUAGCUUACAUUAACAACUCAACCUCGGUACCACCAUGGCUAAACAAAGGCGACAACGCAUGGCAAAUGAUCGCGGCCACCCUAGUCGGUCUCCAAAGUGUACCGGGCCUAGUAAUCCUCUACGGAAGCAUAGUAAAAAAGAAAUGGGCAGUCAACUCGGCCUUCAUGGCACUCUACGCCUUUGCAGCCGUAAUAAUAUGUUGGGUAACAUGGGCAUACAAGAUGUCCUUUGGUAAACAACUUCUUCCAUUUUGGGGUAAGGCCGGUCCAGCUCUAGGGCAGGACUUCCUCCUAAGCCAAUCCGAAAUCCCGGAAUCAGUCCAUCGGAAUCACCUGCUUCUCAAGCAAAUGUAUCCGAUGGCGGCCAUGGUGUGGUACCAAGGGAUGUUUGCAGCUAUCACUAUGAUACUGCUAGCAGGGUCAUUAUUGGGUCGGAUGAAUAUAAGGGCGUGGAUGAUGUUUGUGCCGCUUUGGUUGACGUUUUCGUAUACGGUGGGUGCGUUUAGCUUGUGGGGUGGUGGCGUCUUGUUUCGUUGGGGUGUGUUGGAUUACUCUGGUGGUUAUGUUAUUCAUGUUUCUUCUGGUAUUGCUGGCUUGACUGCUGCUUAUUGGGAACACCCUACAUGGGACAUGGCUACAUCAGUUUUAGUUUGCGAGGCGAGUUGCACAACAAAUGAUACAAAUAAGGUUCAAGAUUUGAAGAUCGGCACACUUGUUAAUGUGUAACUUUAACCAAUAAUAUCUGUAAUUAUUAAUACAUAUAUAUUAUUAAAAAACAUAUAUUAUAAAAAAUUGAUAUAUAAAAAGUAUAUAUUGAGACGAUUCUAUCAAGUACCAAUAUGACUAUGUUUUAUGUUAUAUACUUACUCUGAUUCAUAUUAUAUGCAAGUUUGGUGUAUUAUUUGUGAGAUAUAAAAAUUUUAAAAUUGCAUACAAUACGAACUAAAGGUAGUAUAACACAAAUAGAAAUUAAUAAAGUACAUGUAAAUAGUGUAAAAGUAAGUGACGAAAUUAUUAAGAAACGGAGAGAAUACAUACGUAUAUACUCCAUAUAAAAGCAACUUAGCGUAAAACUUGGUCCCCUAGCAACGGUACGGAUCUUGUUUUUUAAGUAUUAGACAAUAGACAUCUGUUUAAACUAGAGUCUUAUUUUGUUUGUACAAUGAUAGUUAUGGCCGCCUUGAUUGACUAAAUUAAUAUAAUUGGUAAAACAUUAGUUGUACAAAGAAACUAUUACCAUUGCAUCCUAAACUAUGGCAUGACCCCUUCUGCCCUUCAUGACAAUUUCCUAUCAAUUCAAAUAUUUCUAUUACUCAGCUUUCUUUUUCUUUUUUUUUUUUUUGUACAAAAAAAGGAAAACUAUAAAGAUUAAUAGUUUUUAAUGAGUAAUGCAAGUUGUUUGUUGCAUUAUCUAUUCUCUUUCUUCAAUUAAAGAUUUAGAAAUAGUACUUAGCUUUUAAUAUUCUAGAAGACGUGGAAGAGAUAAUUAGAAUGAGAAGAUUCAAUACAUAAGAUUUGGACAGAGAAUUUUGUUUAUUUUGAAAAAAACAAAUAUAUAUCUUUAAAAAAACAAAUGAAAAGACCAAGUCUAUUAUGCUUGAUAAAAUUAGUUAAUAAUUUUGAUGAUCUGCGUCAGGAAAAAUCUUGCGUGGACAUGGUCCACAAUAAUAUUAUUGUGGACUUAAUGCUUAUACGCACACAACAGACAUUAUAUUUAAUAUAGUGAUUCUAAUUUUUACAUAGUAACCUUAUUUUUGAUAUAGUAACCUUUAUUAAAUCUUGUGUGACCAUUAAUAUUAUUGUGAACCUGAAGUACGAUGUUACGUUGAACAUAGUGACCUUAAUUUAAACAUUUUGACCUUAUUAUUCAGAUUGACCAAUUUAUAAAAAAUUUCAUAAAAAAAAAUAAAAUAAAAAAAAAUUACCUCUCAUAGCCUUUAUAAUAUCAAAUGACUUUAAUUUCUACUUAAUAACCUCUAUUUCAAUAUAGUGAAUUUUUUUUAUUAAUAAAGCAACUAUAAUGUCUCUAAUAUUAAUGGUCCACAAUAAAUUAAUGUGAACAAGGUUGGUUUAAGAGUUUAGCUCUGAGUCAUCAUUUGAUAACCACAAAUAUUUCAAGUAUUACACUUUUAGAAUUUUGUCUCCAUCAAAACUAUAUACUGAAAUGAUAAAAGUAGUGUUUGAUAAUUAGUUGGGUGUUUUAAGGUAUUGGUUUCCAAAUAUAGAGUUAGAGUUUUAUGAAAUUAAAGUUAGAAAUACUUGUUAUAGGUAGCUUUUGGACUUUAAAUUAAAAUGUAAUUUCUAGCUAAUGUAUUGUCAAACACUAUUAAUUAGAGGCUUAGAGCUAUUAAUAUUUUAACUUUAUUGUAACAUGAAAAAACAUACACUAAAAGCUUCAUCAAAAGAUAUACUCUUGAACACGCCCCGCUGUUUUAAUUUUACCCAUAAGAGGUUGAUUUUGUUUCGUGUUGUACAUGUACUAUAAGGCCUUGUUUAAUUGAUGUAGGAAGUAAAUUUCCAUGAAAAAUUCUAAUUCAUGAUAAAUUACUUCCUUUAUUAAAAUUCCUAGGAAUUGCAUAAAUAUAUUUGGUUGUCAUGUGGGAAUUUGUAAAUCCUAGAAAUUGUAAAUGACCAAGGGAGGAGUGGGUAAGUAACUUCCCAUGUUUUGUUGUAAGUGAAAAUUCUCAUGAAUUGUGACUUCCCUCAUUUUUUGCUUUUUAAUGUCAACCAAACAACAUACCUAAAAGGAAGUUUAUGGAAAUUUUGAGUGCCCAUGAAAACUAAAGGCAACAAACAACACCUAAGUAAGUUUGCUUGGUGGUUGUUAACUGUUGUAAUAGAUGUUACUGUAAGGGUAAAUGUUAGCUAAUUGCCAACAAACUAACCAUACAAAAACAAAACAAAAGUAAAUAAAAGAAGUAUGAAGUAUCAUACGAAGUAUUAUAUCUAUUAUUUCAAAUUAAAUUUCUCAAAAUCAAUCAUCAAAUGUCAAAAUUACGCGAAUUCUCUCUAUUUUUCACUUUAUCCAGAAGUAAAGAUGUCACUUUUUUCCAUCACUCUCUUUUUUCAUAAUCGUGACAAAUGACAAUAUUGCAUUUAUUAUAACAACUUGGGAGUAUGCGUGCAUAAGUACAUGUACUUUCAUCCUUAUCACAUUCUUACAAAUUAUAUGGUAGGCUGGUAGCCCAUUAAAAUUAUUUGGUGGCAUAGAUUGACAAAUAUUUUGAAUCAAUCAAUAGGAUAUAAUGACUCAAAAAAAAAAACAAAAAAAAAAAAAUGAUUGCAUUGGCUUGAUGACUCUUAUCGGAAUAAAAAUCUAUAAUUUCGAUGACGCGCUACAAUUAUCCUAUUCUUUACAUCUCUAAGAAUUUAAAUGGAGUAGAAGUUUGAUAGUAAGACAUUCACACCCCAAGCAUUUUGGCACCUUAUUUCGUAAGACGAGCAUGACUUAUAAGCAUUAACACUAGACCAACAUUAAUACAUCUACCAUAACAUCAUGAUCUAAGUUAAAAAUAGAGUUCAUUUUUGGAGCUUAUAUAGUUAUAUUAUACGGAGAGAAUAAAGUGUUCAUGUUUGAAUUAUGACAAGUUGACAAAUGACCAAUUUGUUCUUGGCCUACCACAAUUGAUUGAUGUUGAUAUAAUAUAUGGUUCGUAUUACAUACAAAUACUUUGUAUAUAUGUCUAUAGAGAAGCCAAUAUAGUUUAAGACUUUAAGCCAUGUUUCUACCCUAAUUGGCUUAACCUACAAUAUUUCUCAAGACAAAACGAAUUUGUACUUGAUAAUAUAACUAGAAGCAAAAUAUCAAAUCCAAUUUUUAAUAUUAUACUACCAUACAUAUUUUGAAUAAUUUGAUACUAAAGAGGUCGAUUUUGACUUAUGAUGAACGAACUUGAAUUAAUAUAAUCAAUAUUUGAUUAUCCUUAUCCAUCCGUUCUUUUUUUAUCUUCUUACUUUUCAUUUUGCUUUUUUUUUUUAAUCUUUCCACUUUUAUUUUAUUCCUUUAUUUGUAAAGAAAAACUUCACUUUUCUCACUUCUAAUCCCACCACAUGAUCCACAUAAAUUAUCUACCUAGAAAGUAAAAACAGGAAUCUACUUUCUACUUAUGACACCAUUUUAUAUGAGCAUUGUUAAAAGAUAAAAAAAAUAAUUAAAAAAAAAUGAAAGAAG